AUGGCUGAGGCCAGCUUCCGUGCACGCAAGCGCCAGAAAGUCUAUCGCAAGCGCCUCGACGAAGACGACGACGGCAACAUCAACGAUGCGCAAGCGCAAGCACCGAAUGCAUCCGGCAACCGCAUCGCCCUCACCACCACCACCCCCGCCACCGUCUCUGCUUCUGCGCCCUCCACCUUCGACGCCUCUGACCCUUCCACUCUGUUGCCGACCGCCGCGGACGCCCAGACGAACAUCGAAGCAGGCGGACAACCGUCCGUCGCGGAGAUCCUGCGCCGUGCGCGCAAGCAGAAGACGCGGGGAGUGGGCGUCGAGUUCUCGUCAUCGGGCGGUGGGAAAUCUCAUGGGAGCUCCGAGGUUGCUGCUACCGCGGUUGCGCCGCCGGUCAGUGGUGCGCCGCCGGAGCAGCAGCAAGUUGAAGUGUUGGCUGCCAAGGAGUUUGCGCCGCAGACAGGCAUGGUAGCGGAAUCGUUGGACAAGCACAUGAUGGCUUAUAUAGAUUCCAAGAUGGCUGAGAUGCGCGAGGGAGAGCGCCGUGCAGCGGCUGAGCAGGCGGCCACGGACGCUAUGAAUCAUCAUCAUCAGCAGCAGCAAAGCUCCGAGAUGUCGGCUACACCAUCUUUUCCCUCCAACGGAGUGCGCCAAAGGCAACCUGCGGGCAUGGGCAAGCUAAUGGAGAUUGACCUGGGCCCGGAGGCCGCGCGAAGGAACAUUGAGCGCACAGAGGAAGCGACAAGACGGCUGGAGAGUGGAGAAUCGCUGGAACUGGAGAUGCAGCCCAAGGGCAGAAGAGGAAGGAAGAGGAGGACAAGCGAGGACAUCAGACGGGAUAAGUUGGUGGAAGAAAUCCUCAAGGAGAGUCGACUCGAGAUGUACGACGACCGCGCACAGCUAGAGCAGCAGAAGAAGGACGCCGAAGAGGGCGCCGCCGACGAUCGCAUCGUCGAGCAGUUCCGCCGCGACUUCAUGGAGGCCGUCCAGACGCGCCACAACCGCCGACCGCCAGCCAGCGCCAGCGCCAAGAACAAGGCUGCGGACGAGCGACCCAAGGGCCCGAAGCUGGGCGGCAGUCGCGCCGCGCGUGCGGCCAUGAGAGCGGCCGAGCAGCAGAAGAAGAAAUGA